AUGCCCCAGGGGACAGAUGUCUCGGGAUCUUUAACAUUUGGGAUGCUGCAAAUGCCGAAGUUAAAUGAAAUACCUCCGGGGAGGGAGGGUCGAGGGGAGGCCCGGGCGGCGAGGAGGCGGCCCCGACCCGCAGGUUCCGCCGGCGCGAGGCGCGCGCGGGGGGCGCACGGCGCGGGAGCUGCCCGGGACAGCUGGAGGGGCGCCAGGCGGAUUGCACAUCCCAGCCCAGGCUGCGACCGGCAUCAUCCUUCACUCAUCCGCGCCCACUCCACGCAGACGUCCACCAUGGAGGGUAAGGAAGAGGUCAGUGACACAGACAGCGGCAUCAUCCUGCAGUCUGGCCCAGACAGCCCUGUCUCCCCGAUGAAGGAGCUGACCCAGGCCGUGCGCAAGCAGCAGAGGGCCCUAGAGGCACGCCUGGAAGCCUGCCUGGAGGAACUGAGGAGACUGUGCUUGAGGGAGGCGGAGCUGACGGGCACCUUGCCGGCGGAGUAUCCGCUGAAGCCGGGGGAGACGGCCCCUGUUGUGCGCCGCAGGGUCGGGGCUGCAUACCGGCUGGCCGAGUGGGCCCUGCACCAGGAGGACCCCCUGAGCAGCCUGGAGCGCCAGCUGGCCCUGCAGCUGCAGAUCACUGAGGCUGCGCGGCGCCUGUGCCUGGAGGAGAACCUGGGUCGGCAGGCACGGAGGCAACGGAAGCAGGUGGCGUUGCAGGAGGAGAGAAAGCUGCGGGAGCUGCAGCACCAUCUGGGCGAGCGGAGACGCAACAGCGAGCCCCUGCCCAGCCCCGGCAAGCCCCCUCCAGGCCCAGAGCUCAGCACCUCGGAUGACAGCUCCCUCUCCGAUGGGCGGCUUCUGGAGGAAGAGGAAUCCCAAGUGCCAAAGUCUGUCCCGGAAUCUCCAGCCCCAGCUUCCCGACCCCCACCACCCCAGAGCCUGGAGGGGCUGCAGCCAACAGCAUUGCAGAUGGGGGACCUGGAGAGGGCCCCCAUCCAGAACAGCCCCUGGAAGGAGACAAGCCUCGACCACCCCUACGAGAGGCCCAGGAAGUCUUCAGAGCUUGGCAGCGAGUCCAGCAGCCCUGCCACCACUCCGCAGGACGGGCCCAGUGUCUCCAGUGCAUGGCUGCUAGAGCCUCCCACCUACCACAUGGUCCCCUUCCGCAGCGUUCCCGGCCAGCGCCAGGGGCGCACUAGUGCCCCAGCCACCCCCGAGAUGCAGGGACGGAGGGGCCAGUCGCAGUCCCUGAGGGUAGAUUCCUUCCGGGCUGGCCCAGAAGGCCGAGGCCGCAGCGCCUUCCCACGCCGCCGGCCCACACAAUACACCGUGACGGUGCCAGACUCGUGCUUUGCCGCCAAGCCGCCGCUGCCGCUGCACCCUGCUUACCACUCCUGCUCCGAGGACAGCGCCUCGGAUGCCUCCAGCAUCUCGCACCCCACUUCGCCUGGCAGCAGCAGCCCGGACAUCUCCUUCCUGCGGCCCCUGUCCCCAGCCCAGUACCAGCGCCCCCGCGGUGCUUGGGGCUCUGUCAGUAGCGGCAGCAGCAGGGAGCUGGCCGCCCACUACUCCAAGCUGCUGCUGCCCAGUGGCUACGUUCCGGCUGGGCGCUACGUGAUGGUGGCCGAGAGCCACCUGCCUCCGGCCGAGUGGGAGCUGCGGCGCGCCAUGGCGCUGGGUCCCGCCUGUGAGGCUGAUGGCGGCGUUCCCUUGCACUACCAGCGGCUGCUGCCGGCCCACAGCCGCCUGGUGCGCACGCCCUCCCUGAAGGACUGUCCCACGGGCCGGAGCAUCAGCAAAGCUGCGGUCUCGGAGGAACUGAAGUGGUGGCAUGAGCGGGCGCGCCUCCGGAGUGCCCGGCCCCACUCGCUGGACCGUCAGGGCGCCUUGCGAAUCAGGAGUCUACCCCCUGGGAGAGAGAGCUUCGGCCGGGCCCUGGGACCCCGGACUCAGGUGCCCGCUGUCCGUGUGCUCCGGAGAUCGCCCGAGGGGGCCCCCGUGCAAGUGUACGUCCCUGACAACGAUGAAAUCAUCAGCCAGGUGUAG